AUUGUCGCGAGUUUGCCAGGCUGCCGACAUGACAACAGGUAAACGGACGCCGGACGGGAGUUUGUCAGAAACGCCGAGAGAGCUCAGGACAUCACAACGGGAUUAAAUAGCUACGUGACGAGAGCACUGUGACGGAAAGUUCUCCAGUGAUUAGGAAGCCAAUGCUACCAUGAUGUUUCCUUCUCCUGCUUCUGGUGUCCAGAGUGGAGCUACACUGAGAGAAGAAACCUAAUGCACAGAGAAAAUCCAGACAAUCACUUUGCAAUUUGAAGAGGAUGGGACGUCCCACGGGGCUUUUGUUUCCUGUGAGAGGAGAACUUCAAUCAUUUCAUCGCUCCGUCUCCAUUGGUCUGUGCAGUGUUUCAUGAAAGCUAUCUAGGUGUCGUCCGAUUGGUCCUUCAUUCCACUUGUGAGACACUGUGAGCCAAUCAGCAUCCGCCUGGCAGCGUCUCCUCUGCAGCAGAUUUCUACUUCAGUUGGGACAGAGCACAACAAGACAGAGGGAGCGAGAGAGAGAGAGGGGUGAGAUCGACGUUCACCACAGCUGAAUCAAGGACUUUACAUAAGUGAUCUCCAACAUGGAGGUGCCCAGGAGGCCUCAGCCCUCCUCCUUCACACUUCCUCUCCCUAAACCGGCCUCAUCUGCUCUGUCUCCCCUCGGAGCUUUAGAGCAGAUCUCCAAGAAAGAUGUAAUGAAAGAGAAGUUCCAGGAGACGGAGGAUGAAACCGCAGACACAGAUGAGUUUGAGGAGGAGAUUUUCAGCACAGAGGAGGAGUUGAAUGCGUCUGUGUUUGUGGAGGCGCAUGCCGAGACCUCGGAACUUUUGGAUACAAAUACUUCCACUGGGGGAAAAAAUGUCAAACUCUCCUCACAGGAUAGUUUCUCAGAGGACAGCUCAAUAUCAGAGGAGAGGUUGGCAGAGGAGGCAGAAGAGGCCAAAAAGAAGUCUGAAGAGGAGGAAGCGGCAGCUAAAGACAGGGAAGCCCAGAGACAGAUGCUGGCCAUCGAGGAGCUGGUCCAGUCGGAGAGGAAUUACAUUCGACUGCUGGAAAUUAGCACAGUGACCAUCAAGAGCAACCUCCAGAAACUACAGCCUCCUCCAGCCAACCUGGACAGCAUGUUUCUCUACAUCGAGGAUGUGAUUGACGUAUCAAGUCGACUCCUCAGCUUGCUGGACCAGAAGCAGGUUCAGCCUGGAGACCCCCUCUUCCUGAAGACACUCUGUGAUUCGUUCCUCAGCCUGUCUUCAGACAUUGAGGCAGCCUAUAAGGAAUACCUGGCCAACUACACCAACAUUACAGUGGUGGAGAACAGCUACAAACAGAAGGAGGCGCUCUGGAACGAGAUUGUCAGAGUCAUCAAGUCCUCAGCGCCUGAAGUAAACGCCACCUCUCUGAGUUUCUUCUUGGUGAUGCCGGUGCAGCGAAUCGCCCGCUACCCCCUCCUCCUGCAGACCAUCCAGAAACACACUGAACGAACGCACCCGGCGUAUGCCCUUCUGGAGCAUGCCGCUCACACCUCCAUCGCCUUGAACUGUCGCAUCAACGAGUACAAACGCUUCAGAGAAGUUGCUGACAAAUACAAAAAGACAGAAACCCUGAGCAUAAAGGACAAGAUCAACCGCCUCAACACCCACAGCAUUGCAAAGAAGACAGCGAGGCUCAGCCAACAAAUCAAACAUGAGACUGGAAUAGCACCUAAGCUGGUGGAUGAGGAGUUUGACGCCCUGGAAGGUUUCUUUUAUGUUCUGGAACAUGGGAUCCUGGAGCUCCUUGAGAACGUGGAGACGUACCUGCACCACCUACAGGGAUUCCUGGCCUGCAAAACCGAGGAGUUUGAUUUAGAUAUGGAUGGAGAGAAGGCACCUAUCUGCUACAAGGAGAUCACUACUGCUCUCAGACAGUGGAUUCUUCCUACAUUUGAGAAGAGGAUGAGGACGUUAAUCCACAAGCCGCUGUGUGCGCUCCGCGACCUCCUGGUGGGCCCGAGGAACCUGAUCAGAAAAAGGCUGGACAAGCUGCUCGACUAUGAACUGAUAGAAGCCAAAUCCACUCUGAGCUACGAGGAACAGGCUGUGGCCAACACGUACAGGACGAUGAACACGUUGCUCCUCAAUGAGCUUCCUCGGUUUAAUGGUUUGGCUCUGCAGAUGAUCUGGAGCAUGUUGGGCACGUUCAGCUGCCUGCAUAAAGACCUCGCCUCAGACAUGGAGCAGCUGUUCCAGAGCUUUGCACAACAGCUCCCUCACAGCUCUCUCAAUCCCAGUGCAUUCUGGAAGUGGGCAGAGUCUGCAGUGCUGGAAGGUGCGGGAAGACUGGAGGCUUUGUGUCAAAGUGUAGAGGACACGCUUAAUGCGCCUGCCGUCCAGCCUCUGAGUCCAUCCUCUCAGCGUCGUCUGAAGCAGCUAACAGAUAAGCACGGUUCUGGUAAAAUCUACCAGGUGAUGGAGACGGUGGUGGGCAGCCGGGACCUGGACCUGAACCUGGCCAGAGGCGAGCUGGUGGCCAUAAUCAGUGAGGCAGACAGCCGCGGGGACAAACGAAGAUGGCUGGUCGACGCAGGAGGCAGAAGAGGGUAUGCUCCUUGUGCCAAGCUGAUUCGGUAUCACCAGGCAACGGAGGACCCGCCUCCUUCACCACACCUGACCCCGCCUGAUGGCGUGACAGAAAUCAGGAGACACUCCUACACCCCAGAGAGCCGGCCACUGACAGUCAUGAGCCGGCCAUGCUUCCAGAUUAUGGCGGCAUAUGACUUCACAGCGAGAGAAACCAUGAAGUUUCUCUUGCGGGGCGCAGCCAGUUCGUGUCCUGGAGCGCAGCACAAACGCGGGAACCCUGAAUGGAGUCUAGUGGAGGCGUAGAGGUGGGAAGAGAGGCUACUGCGUCUCCAACUACCUAACCAUGGUUCCUAUGGGGACCGGGCAUCCUGGCACAUACCAGCCCUACUGCUGAAAGGAAGGAGGGGAAAACAGCUUUAUGACGGGGGAUUCACCAACACUGUCUUUAGAAGGCUAACAGCAGUAUUUUUUGUAAUGCAGGUGCACCUGCUUUUCAAACAAUAGCAUUAUUCUACAUAGUGACCAUCGGAUAUUUUAAUUUUCAAUGUCAAAAUCGGAGCCAUUUGAGCCAUUAAUACAAUAGUUAGAUGGGCACAUUGUUACUGUAGAACUAAAGCCAAAUUCUGUUGACUGCUUUUCCAGUUUUACAGCUGCAACUUUUUUUUAAAUCUUCAUCACUUAUCCUACACCCACUUCCUGUGCACAUUUACCAAAUUACAAGGAAAGGAAAGUAAAGAGUCAAAUCGACGUCACGUCACUUUUAUUUAUAAAACCCCAAAUCACUAAUUAGCCUCAAAGGGCUUUACAGAAUACAACAGCCUCUAUCCUUAGACUCUUGAUUGGAUAAGUAAUGCGUAACCUUUACAAGUACAGGCCUUCUCUUAGGCCAUUUCUGUACUAACUUGGAUAUAUUUGAAAAAAUGACACUUGUGUCCAUUAACACUAAAAUAUAUAUUUUGGUGAUGAGACAAGUCUCACAUAAUGGUGUGCACUAACAAAUUUGAGCUUUAAAACGAUGACAUCUGAUUGUGAUAUCAUUCAUCAUUGACAGUGCAACACUGUGAAAAUGUUAAAAAGCUAGUUGACAGAAGUAUCGAAAAGUUUGCCUAACCCUCAAUCGGCUAGAACAUGUGCGACAGAAGGCACG